AUGGGUCAAUCUCAAUCUACGGGCUCCAGGGCCUCUGAGCCACAGGGUAAAUCUGGCCAAAAGACCGAUUAUUAUGAACUAUUAGGAGUGACUCAAACGGCAACGGAUGAUGAGGUUAAAAAGGCAUACCGUAAAAAGGCUUUGGAGCUACAUCCUGAUCGAAACUAUGGAAAUGUCGAGGAGACUACCCGGCUAUUCGCCGAAAUCCAAUCCGCGUAUGAAGUCCUUGCCGAUCCGCAGGAGCGUGCUUGGUAUGAUUCUCACAGCGGCGCGUUCCUAGGGACUGAGGGAGGCUCUGAUGGAGGUCCACAGUCCUAUACGACAGCGGAUGAGGUCCUUAAGAUUUUUUCGAAAUUCAGCCCACGAAUGGAUUUCUCUGACGUAUCAACCGGAUUUUUUGGUGGUCUUCGAGAGCAAUUUACCCAGCUGGCACUGGAGGAGCGACUGGCAUGCCAGUUGGAUGGUCUAGAUAUGGUGGAGUAUCCAUCAUUUGGAGGCCGCGAUGAUAGCUUUGAGACUGUCGUGCGUCCGUUCUACGCUGCUUGGGCCGGAUUCUCUACCCGUAAAUCGUUUGCUUGGAAGGACACCUAUCGUUACUCCGAGGCACCAGAUCGUCGAGUGCGACGCUUAAUGGAAAAGGAGAAUCGGCAGCUUCGAGAGGAAGGAAUUCGCGAGUUCAAUGACGCGGUUAGGUCGUUGGUGGCAUUUGUUAAGAAACGAGACCCGCGAUACAAGGCGAAUGCGCAAAGUGAAGCUCAACGCCAAGAGACUCUCCGUCAAUCAGCAGCCGCCCAGGCAGCCCGGUCUCGAGCAAUCAAUCAAGCCAGGAUGCGUGACCAUGUUGUUCCAGAGUGGGCUCGGUCUGAAGAGCCCGAGAUCGAUGAAGAGGAGAGUGAGGAAAGUGAGAUUGAAAACUUUGAGUGUGUGGCGUGCAACAAGACUUUCAAGAGUCAGAAUCAGUUCGAGGCUCACGAACGGAGCAAAAAACACGUCAAGGCUGUCAAACAGCUGUGUCGCGAAAUACGAGCGCAGGACAAAUACCUGGAUCUGGAACCAAUCAUCCAUUCCAGCACAGCCCCUACCACAACAGUCCCAAGUGAGAGCGAUGACCUUGUUACAGCAAAUGAGCAGUCGGAAGGCUUUGCCAUUAUUGAGACUGAAGGCAGUCCACUAAUGGAACCCGUGACGCUGUCUCCAUCUGAUUCAGACAAUAAUGAUCACGAGGACCCUGAAACGAUCUCUUCAAUCACUCCUGGAGACGAUGACGACAAUGACGAUGACAACUACGCUUCGAGGGAAUCUGUUCAAACGAGACUUCAUUUAGACGUUGAUUCAUCGAAAGAUGAUUCUAUGACCCCAUUGGCUGAGCAACUAUCCUCCUCUGUGAUUGAUGACCGACCAGCCGCUGUCUUUCGAAUGGGAAAGGCCAAGCAAAAGCGGGCCAAGAAAGCUGCCCAGAAUGAUGAACAAGCUACGGGUAUUCUAUGCGCAAAUUGCCAUGCCACUUUUACUUCGAGGACGAAGUUAUUCACUCACAUCAAAGAAAACCCGAGCCAUGCACAGCCAUUGAAAGCUACCAAAAAUAAAAAACGAUGA